UCCCGCCGCUGUUGAUAAGGUUAUAUUUAUUUUUGAUAACUAUUUUCUAUUUUCACAGUUUAGAGUUUGCAAUUUGCAUCUGUAAUUCACAACAUGCACUUUGCUAGGAAAUUGGAGAUAACAUAGCAGAUAAGAUUUACAUUAUGAAAAAAUGAGGAAGUUAAAAAGUGCUACUCCAGAUAAACUUAAACAAUCAUGUAUUGUUGAUUAUUAUUCUAAGCAAAAAACAUUGAAUAACAUGGGUGAUGAAUCUAAAAAUCAACCCCUAGAAGUGCCAAAAAGGAAAUCUCUUCAGAAAAUUGACAGACCAAAAAGUUUACCGUCACCAACAAUUAAACCAAAAAGACUACCCUUUGAUCUUCCAGUUCAUACAUGGCCAGGAACAGAAUCAACUUCCUCUGAUCAGAUUAACAAAGAUUGUGCAAGCCAUACAAAUGGUACAACGUCUUAUCCAACCGCCAACUCUUGUAAGAGUAUAACUAAGGGAAGUCCCGCAAGCAAGAGAUGUCCCGAAGACCAAAACAGACCUGCAGCAACGUCCCAACCGCCACGUAAAAAGAAAAGAGCGGUGGCCAAAACUGCAAAUAUCAGAAAUGCUACUACGAGUAAUCAGAAUGAUGAGAACCAAAAUGAACCAACCCCAUCAACGUCACGUACAGAAAGUAUAGUAAGUCAUACGAACGGUACAAUGUCUCAUCCAACCACAAACUCUUCUAAGAGUAAGGAAAGUCCCUCAAGCAAAAGUAUUUCUGAAGAUCAAAACAGAACUGAAGCAACAUCCCAACCACUAACUAAAAAGAAAAAAGUGGCCAGGACAACAAAUGUCAGAAAUACUACCAUGAGUAAUCAGAAUGGCGAGAACCAAAAUGAACCAACGCCAUCAACGUCACGCACAGAAAGUAUAGUAAGUCAUACGAACGGUACAAUGUCUCAUCCAACCGCAAACUCUUCUAAGAGUAAGGAAAGUCCCUCAAGCAAAAGUUUUUCUGAAGAUCAAAACAGAACUGAAGCAACGUCCCAACCACUAACUAAAAAGAAAAAAGUGGCCGGUACAACAAAUGUCAGAAAUACUACCAUGAGUAAUCAGAAUGGCGAGAACCAAAAUGAACCAACGCCAUCAACGUCACGUACAGAAAGUAUAGUAAGUCAUACGAACGGUACAAUGUCUCAUCCAACCGCAAACUCUUCUAAGAGCAAGGAAAGUCCCUCAAGCAAAAGUAUUUCUGAAGAUCAAAACAGAACUGAAGCAACAUCCCAACCACUACCUAAAAAGAAAAAAGUGGCCGGUACAACAAAUGUCAGAAAUACUACCACGACUAAUCAGAAUGGCGAGAACCAAAAUGAAGCAAGGCCAUCAUCACCACGCAAAAAGAGUGUAGUAAGCGCUAGUCCAAAAAAGGACGAAAACAAAAUGAAUGACAAUUUUUUAAACAUAAUGAACGAUGUAUUUACAACAGUCUUACAAAACCGAAAUCUUGUUCACGUUAUUGACGAAAAAGCAUUUGAGCUAUCGGUUCUUUUACAAUCUGCGAAAAAAGAAUAUCAGUUUAUUUGUUACAAAUUAUAUACCAGAGUGAACACAUGGCGCAAUAUUUUCCGAUUCUGUAAGGAUUAUAUGCCCAAUUUGACAGAUCAAAACGUAAUUCAGAUUUUCAAUUUUUUAAAGGAAAAUAAUUUUGUUGAUACAGAUUAUAAAAAUGAUAGUAUGGAAUCACUGCUGGGAACACUUCCUGCAAAAGAUGUUAAGGAUAUUUGUCUACACCUCAAAAUUAAAACCACCACUACCAAAGAAAACAUGAUAGAAACUUUAUUACAAAGGUGUAGAAGGCAGCCUACCCUCUUCGGUAUUAAGUCUACGCAUGAUCUUAUCUUUGACGAAAUAAUCAAAAAGAUGGGGAUAUAUGCUCUAAGGAUUAACGACUCGUUUAAGAAACAUAUUAAUCACGUUUACCUAUUAGCAACAUUCACUAAUAACAGAUUUCAAAAUAUUGAUGAUUUCUUACGAAGGGAUUUAAAAUGUGAUUUUCCAUAUUUCGUACCUGAAAACUAUAAAGUUUUUAGUGAUAGACAAGAAUUUUUGAGGUAUGCCGAGGCAUGUGAGCUCAGACAAACUUUAGAAACGACCAAAAAUCAUGAAACUUUACAAGAAAUUGGCAAGAAAGUUCAUGAGACUUUAAAGACUUUGAAACGAACUAAUGACGAAAUGUAUUUCAACGCACCACAUCUAAAACGUUUUACUGCCGAAUCAGUAUAUUGUGGAAUUUUAACCAGUAUUUGUGAAACAUUAAAAACAAAAUACGCCGACAAGGUUCAAGAAUUUUUAGAGUAUCUGAUCGAAAAUUUUCCACGAUCACACAGAAUUGGUAUCUGGUACAUGCUUUUAUGUGACAUAUUUACUUCCCGCAAUUUGUCAAUAGAAGCUGUGAAUGUUAUUAUAACAGCACUCAGUACUAAAAAAGAAUAUAUUUUGGAGUAUCAGAUUUAUGAAUUUGCACAUAAGGCGCAACAACUAAAAAAACGCAAAAUCAUUGAUCAGUAUUCCCAUGAUCAACUUGUUGGAUUAUUACCGGAUCCUAUUCAUUUAGAACAGUUUCCUCAAUCUGUUGUAGAUGCCAAAACAAUUAGGGAUAACCAGUCUGGAAGAAAACGGCACUAUGAAGUACACCAUUCAGACGGAAGUAAAUCCUAUAAAACCGUAGAACAAGUUGCACAAGAUUAUUAUGUUGAAACAUGUGGUUAUACCGACGGCAUGCAUUGUGAAGGCACGAUUAUAAUGAAUUCGUUUACGCUUUUCUUCUGGGAUAUUAUUUAUAGCCAAAAUCCGAUCAUCCCGGGCACUUUUUUAUCUAAAUAUCAAGAAGUGCCCCUUGAUAUGUACACCACUGAUUUCUACAAAAAUCGCAAAGAACUAAUUGACAAAAGAUUGAAGGAUAUAGCUGAAGGUUGGACAGAUGAGGAAACUAUUCAAAACGUUACAGAGUACUGGCAUAAAUAUUCACACAUAUCAGGCUUGUGUGGUCCAGUAGGUGAGACUGUAGAUAUCAAAUUCCUUAAAUCGAUUGUGGAUUGUAUCGGAAGAAAGGUACUGUCUAAAAUCUAUGAAAGAUUGGCCAAGGAUAUACGUCAGUACCGAAGCGGAAUGCCUGAUUUAUUUUUAUGGAAUGUAGACGAAAAAAAGGCCAAAUUUGUUGAGGUUAAAGGAGAAAAUGACAGACUCUCUAUAAAGCAGCAAUUGUGGUUGAAGUAUUUAUUGGAAAUCGAAGCAAAUGCAGAAGUUUGUCAUGUACACUCUAAAGGAUCUAAGAGAAAAGUGACCAAUAAUACAGCCGACCAAUAACAACAAUAAUUAAAGUAAGAAAAAAGAAGCAUUUCGUGAGCAUUUGGUCUUUGAAGGCAAAAUAGUCCUAGUAUUUAAUGUUGCAUGACAUGUUUAUUUUUUAACGAUAUGUACAAAAUGGGUUUGAACAUUAGAAUCUUAAAGGUUUUGUAUCAUUCAUGUGUAAUAUCGCAAUAUUUGCGAUGGUAUAUCGCGAUAUUUGAUAACAUAAUGAUAGUGCUUCAACCCACAGGCUGUGACGUUAGCUAUUUUUUAUUAAGUAUUCUAAAUUUACAUGUAAAUAUUACGUAUAGUCGAACCGCGGAGAGAAUAUCCUAGCGUCAUGCACAUACAUUAUUUCCUCUUCUAUCUCUUCCCUAAAUUCUUAGUGUCACCCUUCUUCUUCUUAGCCUUCUAUUGUCCACGUUUGGACAAUGCCUCUCAAAACUGCCUCCAUCGGUCUCUAUCCUGAGCAACAUAUUUCCAAUUUGUUUCAGCUACUCUUUUAAUAUCAUCAACCCAUCUCAUCUGUGUUCCUCUCGGUCGUUUACUUUCGUAAGGUCUCCAGUGUUGUAUUGUUGCAUUCCAACGUUGAUCUUUUUAACUAGCAGUGUGGCCUGCGAAGCUCCGUUUAAGAUUGGCAACUUUUGUUAUGUCAUCGACUUUUGUUUUUGAUCUUACCCAGUCGUUCCUCUUUUUAUCUGACAGUCGUAUACCUAACAUUGCUCUUUCCAUAGCUCUUUCUGUUGUGGCUACUUUAUUCAUAUUUGCCUUGGUUAGGGUCCUGGUUUGACAUCCAUAUGUCAUGAUAGAAAGGAUGCACUGGUUGAAUACUUUGCUCCUCAUAGUCCAAGAGGCAGCGCUGAAAAAUUUCUCUGAAUUUACUAAAGCUAGAUAUUUCACAGUUGAUUACUGUGAUUGUGUGGAGAUUGUAUGCGAUCGGUCAAGCGAAACGUAGAACAGGUUGUACUGACAGCUUGUCAAAGUUGGUUAUCUGCGGAGGUAAUUAAAUCUAUUUACUAAGGCUGAAAAUCAGUACGCACAUUCUAAAUUGAAUAUAAAGAAAGGUUAUUAUAGUCGGUCAGCUGUAUGACGGGACAGAGCCGGUCGGUCGGUCCCAAUGAAUGUAAAGGGUUAUUCACUAUAUUUUGACCCCCUCUAAACUGCUUUAUUUACAGAAUUAGAAAAAAUGUAAAAUACAAAAGUUAUUCGAUUUUUUAAUUAUGAUUUUUUGGCAUAUAUAAUAUAUCGUACUAGUGAUGACGUAAUCGACUAUUUUUUUAAAUGAGAAUAGGGAUCGUGUGCUAGUUCAUUUGAAAGGUUAUUCAAUUCCCUAUUCAGUAAUAUAAACAUUAACAUGAUUGUUUAUACAGGGUGUCCAAAAAAUUUUUUUUAAUUAAAUUAAUUGUUUAAUAAUUCAAAAAAAAAAAUUUGGACACCCUGUAUAAAUAAUGAUCUUAAUGUUUAUAUUACUGCAUAGAGAAUUGAAUAAAUACCCUUUCAAAUGAGCUAGCACACGACCCCUAUUCUCAUUUAAAAAAUAGUCGAUUACGUCAUCACGCCCAGAUGGAUGACGUCUUCUUCUUCUUCACGUGCCAUCUCCGCAACGGAGGUUGGCAAUCAUCAUGGCUAUUCUGAUCUUAGAUGCUGCUGCUCUAAACAGUUCGGUUGAUGUGCAUCCGUACCAUUCCCUCAAGUUACGCAACCACGAAAUUCGUCUCCUUCCUACACUUCUCUUGCCCUGGAUUUUCCCCUGUAUAAUCAACUGAAGUACGUUGUAUCUCUCAUUACGCAUAACAUGCCCCAGGUACUGCAGCUUUCGUGUCUUGAUGGUUUCCAAUAUUUCCAGUCUUUUGUUGACUCUUCAUGACUUCGUUGUUUGUUAUAUGAUCGGUCCAUGAUAUCUUCAGGAUUCUUUUAUACACCUACAGUUCAAAUGCUUCCAACUUUUUAGUAGUCGAUGCGUUAAGAGUCCAUGCUUCUAUCCCGUAAAGCAGAGUCGAAAAAAUGUAACACCUUGCCAGCCUAACUCUCAAGUCUAAUUUCAGUUCUCUUGUACAAAGUACCUUUCUCAUUUUAUUGAAGUUUGUUCUUGCUUUCUCUAUUCGAACUUUGAUUUCUUUGGAGUAAUCGUUUGUGUGAUUAAUUAUUGUGCCAAGAUAGUUAUAAUUUUCUACUUGUUCUAAAGUUUUACCUUUAAUUGUCAGGCUUUCAUCAUUAUUUUGGGUUUUUGAUAUCCUCAUAAAUUUAGUUUUCUUGAUGUUUAUUGAUAAUCCAUAUUCUUCUCCAUACUCAACUAUCUUGUUCAUUAGCUUUUGGAGGUCUUUAAGGUUGUCUGCUAUUAUGAUAGUAUCGUCCGCAUAUCUAAUGUUGUUAAUUGGCGUUCCAUUUACCUUUAGUCCUGCUGUUUCUCCCUCAAGAGCUCUUUUCAUAAUUUCUUCAGAGUAUGCAUUGAAUAGUAGUGGUGACAAUACACACCCCUGUCGCACUCCUCUUUUAAUUUCGAACUCUUCUGAUGUGUGUUCGUUAAUGCGUAUGUGUGCUUGCUGUUUAUAAUAUAGAUUUGUUAUAAUUCGAAGGUCAUUGUUCAUCAUUUGUUUUGCUUUGAGGACGUCCAUUAGCUGUUUGUGGCGGACUUUAUCGAAAGCCUUGUUGUAAUCUAUGAAACAGACGUACAUAUCCUGGUUCACGUCCAAGCAUCUCUGGAUUAGUACGUUGAAUGCAAAGAGAGCUUCACGGGUACCUACGCCCCUACGGAAUCCAAAUUGCGUUUCUUCAAUAUCCAUAUCAAGUGUUUGGUAAAUGCGUUUAUGAAUGAUCUUUAAAAACAUUUUAAGUGUGUGAGACAUCAGGCUUAUGGUGCGGUGGUCGGUGCAUUCUCUAGCAUUUUUCUUUUUUGGGAGACAAAUAAAUGUUGAGGUCAACCAUUCAUUGGGUAUGUUACCCGACUGAUAAAUUUCAUUAAAUAGCUUUAAGAGGGCAUCUAUGUACUCAUUUUCUAUUAUUUUAAGGAUAUCAAUAGGCAGUUGAUCUGGUCCCGGGCUUUUUCCGUUGCUGGUGUUUUUAGUGCAUACAAUAUUUCUUCCUUUGUAAUUUCUACACUUGUUUCCCUGUUUUCGAAAGAUAUGUCUUGUGGGUUUCCUCUUUCGUCGUCGAAAAGCUCUUCCAUAUAUUUUUUCCAUCGUUUUAGCUUUUCGUCAGUCGUUAUAAUAGUGUUUCCAUUUUUGUCUAAAAGAGUUGUGUUGUGGUUUCUUUUUUGCAGCCCUGCCAUUUCUUUAACCUUUUUAUGCAGGUUCAAUAGAUCAUAUUUAUUCUGAAGAUCUUCUAUUUCUUUACAUUUUUCCUCAUAGUAAGUUUGUUUUGUCUCUCUUAUCUUUUUUCUGAUUUCAUUGUUAAUUAUUUUGUAAUUGUGAUUGUCUUUGUUCUUGGCUUGUCUUCGUUGGUCCAUCAUGCCGAGUAUCUCGUCGGUCAUCCAGUUGUCUCUCUUUCUUAUCGGUUCUUUUAAUAUCUCUUUGCAUGGAACAAGUAGGCAGUUUUUUAGUGUUUCCCAUUGAUGGUUUACCUCGUAGUUGUUAGUAUCUAAUUUAUCCAAGUUUUCGUAUAUUUUCUGUUGAAGUUUGUUUUUUAUAUCAACUUCUUUCAGUUUGCUAACAUCUAUAUUUGGAGUUCUUUAGGGUUUUCUAAUACGUUUAAGCUUAAGCGUGACAUUAGCGAUUAGUGGGUUAUGGUCUGAUGUGACAUCUGCUCCUGAAUAUGUUUUAACGGAUUUGAUGGUGUUACUAUGUCUCUCUUUAAUCAGUAUAUAAUCGAUUUGGUUUCUUACCACUUUUUCCGGUUUAUCUGCUGGUGAGCGCCAUGUAUAUAACCGUCUCAAAGGUAAUUUAAAGAACGUGUUUGUGAUUAUUAGAUUUUGUUCUUGGCAGAAUUGUAUUAGACGAUCACCUCUAUCGUUACGUUCCCCUAGUCCUUGAUCUCCCAUUAUUGUUCCAGCACUUCCCUUGCCGACUUGGAUGACGUCACUGGUACGAUAUAUAUGUCAAAAGAUCAUAAUUAAAAAAUCGAAUACCUUUUGUAUUUUACAUUUUUUUCUAAUUCUGUAAAUAAAGCAGUUUACAAGGAGGUCAAGAUAUAGUGAAUAGCCCUGUACAUUCAUUGGGGCCGACCGACCCGGCUCUGUCUCAUCAUACAGCUGACCGACUAUAAUUUUUAUUUAUAUUCAAUUUAGAAUGUGUGUACUGAUUUUCAGCCUUAGUAAAUGGAUUUAAUUACCUCCACAGAUAAGCAACUUUUGACAAGCUGUCAGUACCACCUGUUCUACGUUUCGCUUGACCGACCGCAGUAUGUUUCUCUACACAGUCACGGUAAUGAACUGUGAAAAAACUAGCUUUAGUAAAUUCAGAGAGAUUUUUCGGCGCUGCCUCUCCGUCUAUCAAGUAUUGGGAUAUUUUGCGGUUCUUAAGUAUCCAACUAAGUUUACAUAAUCUUGCUCUCCUAGUAAUUUCCGCACUUUGGUUCUCUUUGCAAGUUUCAGGAUUUGGCCUAAAUAGAUUUAUAUUCCUCGACUUUUUCUAUCCCACUGCCAUUUAUAUAUUUACGGCUGGGGUCGUCUGUGUUUGUCAUCAUUUUUGUUUUCCUCAUUCAUUUUUAGACCGACGCAUUAUGAGAUGCCUGCGAGUUCCUCCAUCAUUAUGAUGUAAAAUCGCCCUAACUAAGCUUUUAGUCCCGAAAUAUGCAUGCAUCUUUCGUAAAAAAUCGUAAAAAAUCUUUCGUCACCUCAAUUUCCAGAUACAUGUUAUUAAUGUUAGCAAAUAUGUAUCAUUUGAUAGAUUUUUGAAAAAUAUUGAACACGUAUUUUUCAGUUUUUCGAUCUGAUGUUCAUUUCGCGAAAUAUUCGCUUUUGUUGUGAAAAUUUGUGAAUAACCUAUUUGCUUACGUCCCGCACAAAUCGUCAGAUUUUUGAAAUAUACACUGUUCUUCGAGUACCUAACUUACCUUGUCUUAAUCUGGCGCGCUCGAGUUUUUCUAAAAGUAGAUUUUUCCCUGUCUUAAGAGUCCCUGUAUUAUGAGUCCAUAUAUGGUAGGGGUACAUUUACAGGGUACAAGGUUUCUGCCCAUGUGAUUUUCUGACGUACUCAAGCAACGCGCAAAAUCCCCGCUUGGGCUCUCCUACCACUAUAGUUUAUUUUUUAACCAGGAGGAGUAAACUAAAAAGACAGAUUCACACCCAAGAAAGUCACUAGAAUAAUAACCAAAUACAUUUUCUUUUUUGGUUGAUCUAGUCGGCCCUCAACGGUAAUCCAUAAAUAUUAUAUUAAAUUAAUACGUCGCUAAAGAGUUCCAAAAACAACUGAUUUUUAUAUAAAAGCAGACUAACAAUCUAAAAAUUAAAGGAAUAACACAAAAAAUACAAAAAUCGCCGAUAUAACUUAAUUUACCUAUGAAAUGUCACUAGUGUCAAAAUUUGAUAAAUGUCAUUAGUGUCAAAAUUUUAUAACAGUGGAGUAAACUUGCCUGCGGUUGGACCAAUUACAAACAAGCAAUACAGCGCGGUAAAUUUGAAUCAGUCCUCUUGGUUAAAAAACAAACCAUAGUAUUUCUCGCUAAUAUUCGGUCUGUUUCAACACAACGAAAAACCGUCACGUAACGAUCACGUUACUGUAAAAUAAUACGUUCCAUGGUUUAUUUUGUUUAGUGCGCAGGAGCGUGAUCGUUACAUGAUGGUUUCUCGUUGUGUUGGAACAAACCUAAUUAUAAUACCAUAAAAAGUUUUCGGUAUCUUUAUAUAAACACAAUAAAAUUUAAACAUUAAUUUUUCAGAUUAAAAAGAGUAGAAUGAGCUUUUUAAUUGUUUUAUUUAUUGCAUCAUUAUUUUUAGUUUAUUGCCUGUUUUACAUAUUUUCCUCUUAUACUAUUGUUUACUAGAUGCUAACUAUCAAUGUAUAAUAAAUAUAUCGUUUUAUCAUAUAUUUUAUCUUUUUACCUAUCAACAUAUUUAUGUUUGUACUGAACAUAUUUUAUAAUUGUAUUGUUAUAAUAAAAUAAAUAAUACUUUAUUCUUUA